AUGGAACUCUCAAUUUUAAUGGUUGAACGUAUUCUUCAUAUACAUUCUUGUAAACUAAAUGAAAUCUUAAUUCAAUUAAAGUACAGGCAUUCAUGUUUGAACACAUGUGGUUUAGGUCUAUUAAAUGAAUUUGUUUCACUGCUUACUCUUCUUGCCGAAGUAGUAACUAAAACUCAACAACAAAAUGGUCCGACAAUUUCAUUAAUUGCUCCUAGUACUUUAGCGAUUUAUAAUGAUUUAAAAGAUGAAAAGAAUAAUGUCCAUUAUAUGACACCAUUGUGCACUGUUCUAUUAUGA